AUGGGGAAUCAAGAACAGUCGCAGCCUCUUUUGAGCGACGACGAUCAUCAUAAAAUGCCAUUUACUCCUUAUCACGACGACUCCUCUGGGUCGGAAACUGUCGGCUCUACCACCGUCUACACGCCGUCUACAUCUGAAGUCGAAACUCUGCCCGAGUACCACGACGUGACUCCGGCUUACACGCCGCCUUCUAUGGGGGACUACAAAGGUGGUGAUGUCGCCGGUAUUCCCGUAGAACAAGAAGAAGACGAAGAAAUAGACGAGCCCGUCCGACGACGUGGCUGCUGCGGUCGAUUCCGAAAAGCGAAGAAGGGCGACAAGAAGCGUCGUCCGCUACGACGACGGCUGUUUGCCUUGGUGAAGAUUGUCUUUUUGGUUUCCCUUGUCUCGUUUUUCAUUGGGAAGAAGUGCAUUCGCGAUAAAAAGGUCAAGGACUUUACGUGGGUAGACUGCCCACAAGUAGAGUACGAUCCGCAGAAUCGCGAAAUCAUACGAGAAACCGGGUCGAGGGCAAUCUGGGGCCGAUACCCGCUGUACGAUCUCCUAUCCCUCAAGACUACAUCUGGCAGCAUCGCCGUCACGGUUGAACCACAACCAGCCGAUCCGGAGCACCCGGACGAGCCAGCUCGGCUUGUGCUGGAAACCGGGACAGGCUCUGUGGCCGUGUCGUUUUCGCAUCCUCAUCUUGAUGCUGUUUUUGAGCAAGAUGCCACAAUCGAGUUUGAUGAUCAGCCGUUUGUCCCGGAUGAAGGGGAUAUCAAGGCGUUCAAGAGGUCGUGCAAAAAGCAAAAGAAGCAGCACAACAAGAAGAAACACUUGGGCCACACAGUUGACAAGACAGCCGCCGCCGCUAUUCAGUACCGGCCAUAUGAGAUUGUAAUCAAGACUCAUAGUGGCUCUGUCUCGGGCAAACUGAUCUUUUCUUCUUCUGCGCAUGUGGAAACCUACACGGGAACGAUUUCAGCAACUCUGAUACCCGUGGUCUCGUCUGGAUAUCCAGCCAACAAUGCGACUCUCGUGACUCGCACGCACAGCGGGUCUCAGAAUAUCGCGUUGGUAAACCCACUCAGGGUGGCGCCUUCUGAUAUCUUCUCGUCGCCGGAUGAUUCAGUAGUAGUCCAUGCUACAUCGUCGCACAUCAGCGACUCGGGUCAUAUCAAUGCCGUAUACCCUCAUUCCUGGGCGGGCACAGUCGAAGCUGCCGCGCACACGGGUUCGAUUUGCCUGGAUGGACCGGGUCUGGAGGUUAGCAAGGACGGCCAGGGCCAUGCUUCGGGCGUCAAGUACGCAGAGGAAAACCCCGAGAGUCCAGAGUGGUGGGGCAGUCGCGGCGAUAUGGAUGUGUCGCUGGAGGCCAGGGGGGCUGGGUCUAUUACAUUUUUCGUAAAACACCCACCUCACGCGAGAGAUUGA